AUGGAGGAUUCUAUGACAGAUAAGGAAUAUGAUGCUGUUAUGAGAUUGGUGAAAAAAAAUGGGAAAGCGGAUGAUCCACACACCAUCGGACUAGUUGCGCAUCAUACAAGAGACAAAGACGCCAGGAACUUCGAGAACGCCCGACGUUGUCGUGCCAUGCUACUUGCUCAGAAGGCGGAAGCGGCAGCCAAGCAGAUCGACGGAACCCAGCAGAUCGAGGAAACUCAGCAGAUCAAGGAAACUCAGCAGAUCAAGGAAACCCAGCAGCACGAGGGAAUCAAGCAGAAAGAGGAAAGUGAAGAACAACAGAAUUGA